AUGCAAAUUAAUCUUUUCUGCAGGUUCUCAAGAAAAGCCCUGAUAAGGGGUUACCAAAGAAGCUUUAAUGGAUUUGCUGCCUAUCUCUCCCAAGAAGAAAAACGAAAGUUGGCUGGUUAUGAAGGGAUCGUCUCCGUAUUCCCAUGUCAAAAGUUGCACCUCCAGACAACGAGGUCGUGGGACUUCAUUGGAUUUCCAAUAACAAUUGAACGAAGUCCCGUUGGUGAGAGCAACUCGAUUAUUGGUGUCAUAGACAGUGGAAUAUGGCCAGAUUCGGAGAGCUUCAGUGAUGAAGGCCUCCGACCAAUUCCCGAAAAGUGGAAAGGGGAGUGUCGUGGUGGCACAAAUUUCACUUGCAACAGGAUUCAUAUAUACAACAUUGAUGAAUUGAAUUUAUGUGCUCUACCUUACCAUGAUACACAGGUUUUUGUCCGGAUUGUGCAACUUAUUGACACAGGCCAGAUGGGCCAUCGAUAUAUGGUGAAUGAGUUACAGAGAUUUCCUGUUCUCAGAAAGAGAAUGGAUGAUGUCAUAGGGAAUUUUUUAAGUGAUGGUCUUCAGCCUUCUGAAACCAUGAUUGGGCACAUAGUUGAAAUGGAGAUAGAUUACAUAAACACAUCACACCCGAAUUUUGUGUGUGGGAGUAAAGUUGUGGAGGUUACCUUGCAGCAAGUGAAAUCUUCUAAGCUUGCAACAACAGUGUCGAGGCAAAAGGAUGGAGUUGAGUCUGAAAAAGCUCCACAAUCUGAAAGGGGUAUAAAGUCACGUGCAAUUCUUUCUAGGUCUGUUAAUGGAAUUGUCAUAGAACAGCUUUCCAAUGGCAAAAUAAUAUCACGUUCUGUUCUUCUUUCUGCCUUUGAAACUGCAAGAGAUGCUGGAGCUAGCCCUUACAUGAACCUAAGAACAAAAUGGAGAAGUGAGUUGAAGAUGGAGAAGUGA